UUUUCAAAAAAACGUUGUUGAGCACAGCUAUUUCCUCGUUGUUGUGCGUGCUCUGUUUGUGUUACGUUCUAUUCGAUUCCACUCAAAACAUGUGCUGCUCAUAGAAAAUUCCUCUUUCUUUCCCCACGAUAUUGUGCCAAGAUUGAGGUUUUGUUCGCUGAGCAGAAACAAUCUUUUUUUGUAAAAAAUAUAUUAAAAACUAUUUAAGAUGUUCAGACUGCCACUGGCUCUUCGUAGCACAGCUAUCAGACAGCUGAAGAGGAACUAUGCUAAGGACGUCCGUUUUGGACCAGAGGUCCGUGGUCUCAUGCUUCAGGGCGUCGACAUACUUGCUGAUGCCGUUGCUGUCACAAUGGGCCCAAAGGGAAGAAACGUUAUUCUGGAACAAUCAUGGGGAAGUCCUAAGAUAACAAAGGAUGGAGUAACAGUGGCCAAAGGCGUAGAGCUGAAGGAUAAGUUUCAAAAUAUCGGUGCCAGAUUAGUUCAAGAUGUAGCCAAUAACACAAAUGAAGAAGCAGGUGACGGAACCACAACAGCCACCGUAUUGGCCCGUGCCAUAGCCAAAGAAGGAUUCGAUAAAAUCAGCAAAGGAGCAAACCCAAUCGAAAUCAGACGAGGUGUGAUGCUGGCAGUUGAUGCCAUUAAGGAACAUCUAAAGACAUUAUCAAAACCCGUUACAACACCUGAAGAAAUUGCACAGGUUGCAACCAUCUCUGCCAACGGCGAUAAGGCAAUUGGUGAACUCAUAUCAGCUGCCAUGAAAAAGGUUGGAAAGGAGGGUGUUAUCACUGUCAAAGACGGCAAAACUCUUGAAGAUGAACUAGAAGUUAUCGAGGGAAUGAAAUUCGAUAGAGGAUACAUUUCGCCAUACUUCAUCAACACAGCCAAAGGAGCUAAAGUAGAAUUUCAAGAUGCCCUUCUGCUGUUGAGUGAAAAGAAAAUCAGUAGCAUCCAGGCAAUAAUUCCAGCUUUGGAGUUGGCUAAUUCGCAGAGGAAGCCUCUUGUAAUCAUCGCAGAAGAUGUUGAUGGCGAAGCACUCAGCACUUUAGUUGUUAACAGAUUGAAAAUAGGUUUGCAAGUAGCUGCUGUGAAAGCACCAGGAUUUGGAGACAACAGAAAGAAUACCCUGCAGGACAUGGCUAUUGCAACUGGCGGCAUUGUUUUCGGUGACGAAGGCGCUAAUUUGAAAUUGGAAGACAUCACGCCAACCGAUCUUGGCCAAGUCGGAGAAGUAGUCAUCACGAAAGACGACACUCUUCUGCUAAAGGGAAAAGGCAAGAAGUCUGAUAUCGAUAGAAGGGCCGAACUUCUUAGGGAUCAAAUUGCUGACACAACAUCUGAGUAUGAGCGUGAAAAGCUGCAAGAGAGGCUGGCAAGGCUGGCGUCUGGAGUUGCUGUCCUCAAAGUGGGAGGUUCAAGUGAGGUUGAAGUGAACGAGAAGAAGGACCGCGUGACGGACGCGCUGAACGCGACACGGGCAGCGGUGGAGGAGGGCAUCGUGCCGGGAGGGGGCACCGCGCUGCUGCGAUGCGCCGCCAAGCUGAAGCAGGUGGUGACGGCCAACGCGGACCAGGCCACCGGCAUAGACAUUGUGCAGAAGGCACUGCGCAUGCCCUGCAUGACCAUCGCCCAGAACGCAGGCGUCGACGCGUCGGUCGUCGUCAGCAAGGUGGCCGAGGGCACUGGCGACAUGGGAUACGAUGCCCUAAACAACGAAUACGUCAACAUGAUUGAGAAAGGCAUCAUUGAUCCCACCAAGGUGGUGAGAACAGCUUUGACAGACGCAGCGGGCGUGGCAUCCCUGCUCACCACAGCUGAGGCCGUCGUCACAGAAAUACCCAAGGAAGAGCCGGCUAUGCCAGGCAUGGGAGGAAUGGGUGGUAUGGGCGGAAUGGGUGGAAUGGGAGGCAUGGGCAUGUAAGCAGCUGCAGUGCAGUCAUAAACUUUCAAGUGAACACUACUGCCUCCAACAAUACUACUCGAAUUGGCUAUUGUUCUGGAUUGGCUAUUUCGCCUCUUGUAUAGUCAGAUUAGUUGGUUCGCGUGAACUGGAACGAUAUGGUGACAGUGUACUACUUAGUGAAUCUACUUGCUAGAAGGCCUGACUUUGACAGUUAGAUACCCGAUUAUAAGGCCCAAAACGUCAUUAAGUAUCGAUUGGUUCAUUUGUGUUGACUUCCUGAUUGAACUGUUCGAAUUAUGCGAGGCAAUGUCGCCAGGAGUAGAUUGUUCUUGUUGUUAUUAUUAGUAAGUCUGAUAAUAAUUUGUAGUUAGUGUAGAUUCAAUUAGAUUUUUUUAUUGUUACCGGUUUCCUGUUUUCCAGUUUGUGUUUUCUACAGAAUAUCUUUUACACGUCAUUGUCUGUUUGUGUUGCGCUAUUAAGAAUACUUGGUAAUACAAUGAAAGUUCAAAUGUUGUAUGUCUGUUGAAAUGUAAAAUAAAUAAAUAAAUUUAUUCAUUAAAAUUAUAUAUUUAUUGAUAAA